GCCUCAUUGAGUUAUCGGUCAGUCGUGUCGCGUUGAGUCGCUACGCAGCUGCUCCCAGGAAGUUACAACCCGUGUUCGGUUGACAGCAGCGCAGAUGGGUCGGUUCCUCGCGGUGGUGCUGUUGGUGCACCUGUGGGCCUCGGCGGCGGUGGCGAGGUACGAGCCGACCUGGGAGUCUCUGGACGCCCGUCCGCUGCCGGCCUGGUACGACCAAGCCAAGGUGGGCAUCUUCCUGCACUGGGGCGUCUACUCGGUACCCGGCUACGUAUCCGAGUGGUUCUGGUGGUACUGGAUGGACCAGGGCUUCCCCACCAACAAGAAGGUUCCCCAAUUCAUGAAGGACAACUAUCCCCCGGGAUUCACGUACCCGGCCUUCGCCAAGGACUUCACCUGCGAGUUCUUCGACCCCAACGAAUGGGCCCGCAUCUUUGAGGACUCGGGCGCACGGUACGUUGUUCUCACUUCCAAACACCACGAGGGCUACACUCUCUGGCCCUCUAAUGUGAGCUUUAACUGGAACUCUAUGGAUGUUGGACCCAAACGAGAUUUAGUUGGCGAGCUAGCGAACGCCAUCCGGUCGAAGACCCAUCUCGUCUUCGGCUUGUAUCAUUCUUUAUUUGAGUGGUUUAAUCCUCUGUACCGCCUGGACAAGAACAACAACUUUACGACGGAUUUCUUCGUGAAGACGAAAACGAUGCCGGAGUUGAUUGAACUGGUAAAGCGAUACAAGCCUGAUGUGGUCUGGUCAGACGGCGCUGCGGGACCAGCGGACUACUGGAAAAGCCGCGAGUUCCUCGCCUGGCUCUACAAUGACAGCCCAGUGAGAGAUACGGUGGUCACCAACGACCGUUGGGGCCACGGUUGUGGCUGCAAGCACGGGGGCUUCUUCACCUGCGAUGAUCGCUACAACCCUGGCGUCCUCCAGCCGCACAAGUGGGAAAACUGCAUGACGGUUGACAAGUACUCCUGGGGUUAUCGAAGGAACGCCAGUCUCUCGGACUUUUUUACGAUUGAGAAGCUCAUCGCUACGCUCGUUGAGACAAUAAGCUGCGGCGGCAACAUCCUCAUCAACGUUGGACCGACGCACGACGGCAGAAUCGCGCCCAUUUUCCAGGAGAGGCUCGCUCAGCUCGGCAGCUGGCUCAGGGUGAACGGAGAAGCCGUCUACGGUUCCAAAGCGUGGAAGUGCCAGAACGACAGCCUCGCCACCACUGUCUGGUAA